AUGACGCUCCAGGCGUCACUCCUGGCCUACACGCGCCCGUCAUCCACGUGUAGCCACUCUUCCCUUCCCACGCCCGAGACAGGUGGGCGGGGCUUCGCUGACUGCGCCGCGUGGGCCUGCCCGGACCGAGUCAAACCGCGUGUUCGCAGGCCCUCUGAGCCAGACUGGAAGCGGCUGUGGAGGAGGCUGGAAACCGGCAGUGGGCGGCGGGAGUGGGCGGAGACGCGUGAACCAACUCGGCUCGAAGGGUCGGCUUUGGGGGAGGCUGCUGGGCGUCUGCCGGGGAUUGGGAAGCCUCCCGGCCCGGCCCGGCCCGGCCUGGCCUGGCCUGGCGGGGCGGCGGGCACGAUAGCCCUGCCCGUUCUUAGUGACAUUAUGGUUGAUUCAGAUGUUCAAGGAGUGCAAGUAAAGGAGAUUAUUAAAUUCACACCUUCGUUAUCUGAACAGCGGCAUAAGUUUGUUUUAGAUUUUGUACGGAAACACAAACCCCAAAAGGUUGCAGAUUUGGGAUGUGCCAACUGUAAGCUCUUAUGGAGGCUAAAAUAUCAUGAAUGCAUUGAGGUGCUUGCUGGACUGGAUAUUGAUGAGAACAUGUUAACACGGAACAUUUAUAGGUUACAUACACGUGCUGGAGACUAUCUAGACCCCAGGGAGAGACCUUUAACUAUUACCUUAUAUCAUGGCUCUGUGGUGGAAAAAGAUCCUCGCCUCCUUGGAUUUGACUUGAUAACAUGCAUAGAACUAAUUGAACAUCUAGAAGCCAAAGAAUUGUCCCAGUUCCCAGAAGUAAUAUUUGGAUUCUUCUCUCCAACUACGGUUAUUAUCAGCACACCCAAUUCCGAAUUUAAUACCUUGUUUUCAGGAAAGACACUCUUCCGACAUCCAGAUCACAAGUUUGAAUGGAACAGAGCACAAUUUCAGAGCUGGGCUUUAGAUGCAGCAAGACUCUACGGUUAUUCAGUGGAGUUUACUGGAUUAGGGGAACCACCACCUGGAGCUGAGGCUGUUGGGUUCUGUACUCAAAUAGGAGUCUUUGUGAAAAAUAAACCAAACACUGUUGAAUCUCUGCAUGAUGAAAAAACUAUAGAAUGUACUCACACAACAGUUGGUACAGUGAUAUAUCCAAGCCUGAAGGAAGAAAAGUACCUUCGGAAGGCAGUAUCCAAUGAAGUUUUUUCUCAGAUCUUAAAAAUGAAGAGAGUUCUACUAGAGAGGCUCAGGACGAAGAAUGACAGUGAUAAUGAUGAUGAGCUCGAAUUUGUCAAACCUGAAUGUGACGAGUCCAAAAAUGACCCCUUUGAGGAGACCCCCAAGCCGUUCUGUAUUGAAAAUGUCUUUUAUAUACCUCUGGAAAGGCUUUUCUCUUUCCCCAAAAUAAAACACCUAUGUGGUGACCUUGAGAUGUUAAAAAUGCUAAUUGCUGAUGAAGUAACGCUAAGCAGUGAUGGUUCUUCUGUCAUGAUUAACAUUAUCAAUGAAGAGGACUGUGAUUUGAGUGACAGUGAUGGGGAUGACUUACGAUUUGGAUGA